AUGGCAGACUGGGAGCAAGUUUCACUCCGCCUCCGAACGAGGCGCCCUCAAGCUGACAUCCUCAUUAUCAGUCUGGUCAAUGGGCCGUACAAUUUUCUCGAUAGGCAGUGCUUCGACGAGCUCAACGCGAUCAUUGCUCCGCUCGACAUCAAGACUACACGUGCGGUGAUCUUGACCGGGGGUGUCAAAGACAUCUUUGUACUUCACUACAAUGUAGAUGAGAUCAUCGAUUUUGGACUUUCGGUGCCGUCGUGGCUACCAACCCCGCCUUUCAUGCUCAGAGCUGCUCUGCGUCUGGAGAGCAUGAUCGCUUCGCUGGGUCUAAGGUUUCUCGUUCGAAAAACACUCUUUGCCGGUGUGGCCGAUCUAAAUCUCUACAAAGAGGUCUGCAACCUGUUCCGAAGCAAGCCGCAAGUGUUUAUUGCCGCAAUAAACGGGGCAUGUUUUGCUGGUGGGUGCGAAUUUGCGCUUGCUUGCGACUAUAGGGUCCUCAUCGAUACACAAACACCCGUUAUGGGUCAGAUAGAAUCCUUAAUUGGUCUCAUCCCGGGAGGUGGCGGUACCCAGUUCUUCUCGCGCACCCUAGGCACCGCCAAAGCGCUCGAGUUAUGUCUUGAAGGCAAGACCCUCAACUCUUCCGAGGCACUUGAACUCGGUUUGGUCAACCGAGUCACUCCAGCCGAAGACUUGCUCCCCACUGCCAUCGAAGUCGCUCAGCGUCUAGCCAGACGCAGUCCGUAUGUGAUUCAAGCUAUCAAGGACUCGAUUCAUAUUGGAAGCUCCCUCACUCUUUCCGACGGAUUGCUGCGCGAGCAAGGCUGGUUCGGAGGUGCUGCUUUAAUGGCAGAGACGCACGAAGCUAUGAAGAAGUACGCACGCCUGAUCGAAGAGGAGAGACCACACACUCUGGAUGACUUUCAAGACUACCUGCAGCCCUUCGCGAACGGUACGUUCUUUGACUUUACCCCAGGCUCAGCCAAGUCUGCGACCAGCACAAAGACGGUCAAGACUGAUUAG